AUGGCUUCACCAACCAUUCCCCUCAAACUUUCAGGUCAUAGUAUUCCUCAAAUAGGACUUGGUCUAUGGAAAGUACCAAACGACUGCGCAGCCGAUAUCGUGUACAAGGCCAUUGAGAACGGUUACCGUCAUUUCGAUGGAGCAUGUGACUAUGGAAACGAGAAGGAAGCUGGUCAAGGAAUUGCACGAGCGAUCAAAGACGGCCUCGUCAAGAGAGAAGAUAUUUUCGUGACGACCAAGCUCUGGGCGACAUUCUAUGAACCGUACCAUGUCGAACAAUUAUGCAAGAGACAACUCGCGGACUGGGGGCUUGAUUACUUUGAUCUUUACCUCAUCCACUUCCCGCUCCCGCUUCAAUAUGUCGACCCGGCAGAGCGAUACCCACCAGGCUGGUCGAUCGCGGCCGAUAGAUGGGAAACCAAGACGAGCAACGUCUCUCUGGCCACAACGUGGAGGGCAAUGGAGUCUCUGGUCGACGGAGGUCUGGUGAAAAACAUCGGCGUCUGCAACUUCCAGGGUGGUCUGUUGAUGGAUUUGCCCCGCUCUGCUCGAAUCCCGCCCUGCAUGCUUCAGAUCGAACAUCAUCCUUACCUUGUGCAGUCACAAUUGAUGGACCUGUGCAAAGACCUGGGAAUUGCCGUCACGGCAUAUUCAAGCUUUGGACCACUGAGUUAUCGGGAUUUGCAAAUUCCAAAGGCCAUGACCGCAUCGUUGCUCUUUGAGAACGAUAUUGUCGCUUCGAUGGCCACCAAACACGGGAAAAGGCCAGCCCAAAUUUUGUUGAAAUGGGCUGUUCAACGAGGACUGAUUGUGAUUCCCAAAUCCAAUGAUACGACGAGGCAAAAGGAGAACAUGGAUCUGUUCUCCUUUGAGCUUUCCUCUGAAGAGAUGAACGCGAUCAGCAGUCUUGACAAGGGAUUGAGAUUCAACGACCCUGUAAGUCCACUCAUCCAGACGCUCAGUAACCGACUUCUUCUCCUGGUUCUUUCGAAGCAUUGGUGA